CUUCUCCCGGGGUCCAGGAGCGGAUUUCAGCGACGGAGGUCUGGGGCCCGGGCGAUUACCACUGGCCCCGUACCGGGAAGAGAGAUCCUCUGAAGAGGAAGUAGUAGACGCUUACAGUUUCUUGGAGGAAUUUAACUGUUUGUACAUCUGCGAGGGGUCUCGUUUUUCCUUUUUGGAAAGGGGUUUUCCAUUUGGAUGUGCUUACAAAAGCUCAUGGUUGAGAGCUCAACAAGGAGAAACUUGGACAGAGGAUGGAUGCAAAAGCUCGAAAUUGUUUGCUUCAGCAUAGAGAAGCUCUGGAAAAGGAUAUCAAAACAGCAUACAUCAUGGAUCAUAUGAUUAGUGAUGGAGUUUUAACAAUAUUAGAGGAGGAAAGAGUAAGAAAUCAGCCCAGUAACCAUCAACGAGCAGCUACGCUAAUUAAACUUAUACUUAAUAAAGAUAAUUAUUCCUAUAUAUCGUUCUACAAUGCUCUGCUACACGAAGGAUAUAAAGAUCUUGCUGCCCUUCUCCACAGUGGCGUGCCUAUGCUUUCUUCCUCCAGUAGCAAAAACUCAGCUGGAGGAAUAACUUCAUAUGUCAGGACAGUGCUGUGUGAAGGUGGAGUACCGCAAAGGCCAGUUGUUUUUGUUACCAGGAAGAAGCUGGUGGCUGCAGUUCAGCAGAAGCUCUUGAAGCUGAAGGGUGAACCAGGGUGGGUCACCAUCUAUGGCAUGGCCGGCUGCGGGAAGUCCGUGUUGGCUGCAGAAGCUGUUCGAGAUCAUUCACUCUUAGAAGGUUGUUUCCCAGGGGGUGUGCAUUGGGUUUCGAUUGGAAAACAAGACAAAUCUGGGCUUCUGAUGAAACUGCAGAAUCUUUGCACACGGUUGGAUCAGGAUGAGAGUUUCUCCCAGAGGCUUCCUCUUAAUAUUGAAGAGGCCAAAGACCGACUCCGCAUUCUGAUGCUGCACAAACACCCGAGGUCUCUGUUGAUUUUGGAUGAUAUUUGGGAUCCUUGGGUGUUAAAAGCCUUUGACAAUCAGUGUCAUAUUCUUCUUACAACCAGAGAUAAAAGUGUUACAGAUUCAGUAAUGGGUCCUAAAUAUGUAGUCCCUGUAGAAAGCGGCCUCGGAACAGAAAAAGGACUUGAAAUUUUAUCUCUUUUUGUUAAUAUGAAGAAAGCAGAUUUGCCAGAACAAGCUCAUAGUAUUAUAAAAGAAUGCAAAGGUUCUCCUCUUGUAGUAUCUUUAAUUGGUGCACUUUUACGUGAUUUUCCCAACCGUUGGGAGUACUACCUCAGGCAGCUUCAGAAUAAGCAGUUUAAGAGAAUUAGGAAAUCUUCAUCUUAUGAUUAUGAGGCUCUGGAUGAAGCCAUGUCAAUAAGUGUUGAAAUGCUCAGAGAAGACAUCAAAGACUAUUACACAGAUCUUUCCAUCCUUCAGAAGGAUGUUAAGGUGCCUACAAAGGUGUUAUGUAUUCUCUGGGACAUGGAAACUGAAGACGUUGAAGACAUACUGCAAGAGUUUGUUAAUAAGUCUCUGUUAUUCUGUGAUCGGAAUGGAAAAUCAUUUUGUUAUUAUUUACAUGAUCUUCAAGUAGAUUUUCUUACAGAGAAGAAUCGCAGCCAGCUUCAGGAUCUACAUAAGAAGAUGAUUACUCAGUUUCAGAGAUAUCACCAGCCUCACACCCUGUCCUCAGAUCAGGAGGACUGCAUGUAUUGGUACAACUUUCUGGCCUAUCACAUGGCCAGUGCUAACAUGCACAAAGAACUUUGCGCUUUAAUGUUUUCCCUGGAUUGGAUUAAAGCAAAAACAGAACUUGUAGGCCCUGCUCAUCUGAUUCAUGAAUUUGUGGAAUACAGGCAUAUACUGGAUGAAAAGGAUUGCGCAGUCUGUGAGAAUUUUCAGGAGUUUUUAUCUUUAAAUGGACACCUUCUUGGACGACAGCCAUUUCCUAAUAUUGUACAACUGGGGCUCUGUGAACCGGAAACUUCAGAAGUUUAUCAGCAAGCAAAACUGCAGGCCAAGCAGGAGGUCGAUAACGGGAUGCUUUACCUGGAGUGGAUAAAUAAAAAAACCAUCAAGAACCUCUCUCGCUUAGUUGUCCGCCCCCAUACAGAUGCUGUUUACCAUGCGUGCUUUUCUGAGGAUGGCCAAAGAAUAGCUUCUUGUGGAGCUGAUAAAACCUUACAGGUGUUCAAAGCUGAGACAGGAGAGAAGCUUCUGGAAAUCAAGGCUCAUGAGGAUGAAGUGCUUUGUUGUGCAUUCUCCACAGAUGACAGAUUUAUAGCAACUUGCUCAGUGGAUAAAAAAGUGAAGAUUUGGAAUUCUGUGACUGGGGAACUUGUCCAUGCCUAUGAUGAGCACUCAGAGCAGAUCAAUUGCUGCUGUUUCACCAACAACAGUCAAAACCUUCUCUUAGCCACUGCGUCAAAUGACUUUUUCCUCAAACUAUGGGACUUGAAUCAAAAAGAAUGUCGAAAUACUAUGUUUGGCCACACGAAUUCAGUUAAUCACUGCAGGUUUUCCCCAGAUGAUGAGGUUUUGGCUAGUUGUUCAGCUGAUGGAACAUUAAAGCUUUGGGAUGUGAGGUCAGCCAAUGAGAGGAAAAGCAUUAAUGUGAAACAGUUCUUCCUAAAUUCAGAGGACCCUCAAGAGGAUGUGGAGGUGGUACUGAAGUGUUGCUCGUGGUCUGCUGAUGGUGCUAGAAUGAUGGUGGCAGCAAGAAGUAAAAUCUUUCUUUUUGACAUUCACACCAGUGGCCUAGUGGCAGAGAUUCACACCGGCCAUCACAGUACCAUCCAGUACUGUGACUUCUCCCCCCAUAACCGCUUGGCAGUGGUGGCUUUGUCCCAGUACUGUGUGGAGUUGUGGAACACAGACUCAUGUGUAAAGGUUGCUGACUGCAGAGGACAUUUAAGUUGGGUUCAUGGUGUGAUGUUUUCUCCUGAUGGAUCAUCGUUUUUGACAGCUUCUGAUGACCAAACAAUCAGGGUGUGGGAGACGAAGAAGGUGUGUAAAAAUUCUGCUGUAGUGUUAAAGCAAGAAAUAGAUGUUGUGUUUCAAGAAAAUGAAGUCAUGGUCCUUGCUAUUGACAAUAUAAGACGUCUACAACUCAUUAAUGGAAAAACAGGUCAGAUUGAUUACCUGACUGAAGCUCAAGGUAGCUGCUGUUGCUUAAGUCCACACCUUCAGUACAUUGCAUUUGGAGAUGAAGAUGGAGCCAUCGAGAUUUUAGAACUUCUCAACAACAAAGUCUUCCAAUCCAGGAUUGGGCACAAGAAGGCAGUACGGCACAUCCAGUUCACAGCUGAUGAGAAGACUCUUAUUUCAAGUUCUGAUGAUUCUGCAAUUCAGGUGUGGAAUUGGCAGUCAGAGGAGUAUGUCCUUCUCCAGGGCCAUCAGGAAACAGUGACAGACUUUAGGCACCUAGAAAGUUCAAGAUUGCUUUCUUGGUCAUUUGAUGGAACAGUGAAGGUAUGGAAUAUUAUAACUGGAAGAAUAGAAAAAGACUUUGUCUGUCACCAGGGUACAGUGCUUUCUUGUGAUAUUUCUCCUGAUGCUACCAAGUUUUCGUCUACCUCUGCUGAUAAGACUGCAAAGAUUUGGAGUUUUGAGCUCCCUUCCCCUCUUCAUGAAUUGAAGGGCCACAAUGGCUGCGUGCGCUGCUCUGCCUUCUCGGAGGACAGUUCGCUGCUGGCGACCGGAGAUGACAACGGAGAAGUCAGGAUAUGGAAUGUCUCAAACGGGGAGCUUCUGCACCUGUGUGCGCCGAUUGCAGUAGAGGAAGGAGCUGCUACCCACAGAGGCUGGGUGACUGACCUUUGCUUUUCUCCAGACAGCAAAGCGCUCGUCUCUGCUGGAGCGUAUCUGAAGUGGUGGAACGUCCUCACCGGGGAGGCCGUGCAGACCUUCUAUACCAAUGGGACCAAUCUGAGGAAAAUACGCGUGUCCCCCGACUUCAAAACCUACGUGACUGUUGACAAUCUUGGUAUUUUGUAUAUCUUACAGAUUUUAGAGUAAAGAGGUUAAGCAUGAUGCAAGUUGAACUCUUAAUUUUGAAUUUGGAAAAAAGAUUAUAGUGAAAUUCCAACUCUUUCUAAAAGCUGUGAAUUGUUUUGUAGUAUUGCAUUCAUUCCAAAAGCAUUUGUGGUUGGAUGAAUGAUGAUAGUGUAGCUUUUCCCCAAAUGAACCCACCUUUAAUCAUAUUUUUCAUAAUCAUUAUUACUAAUAAUUUGACCUUAAGAUGUAUAUGAAAAUGUAACUCCAUCCUUGUUGUACUUGUUAUACUGUGGGUUGAAUUCUCUUGGUGCAUUCAAAUUGCUUGAUGUGAGGAUAAUUUGAAGGAAGCCUGUGUUUUAAGUGUGGUUGUGCAGGCUGGACUCAGGGUCACUGUGGCUGUGCUUGGAACCACAGUCGCCCCGGGGGCAUUGUUCUCCCGGAUACAAUCUUGAGCUGAUUUGCACUCGUUACAUUUGCUUUAAAAGUGUUGCGUCUGUGUCACAGUCUGCAGCCUUUCCUUGAAUGAACUGAAUGAGUGAGGUUUGGGUUUCAGUAGUUCACAAGCGGGAAGGGUGUGGUAUUAGGAUUCGUGGGUUGGCCUCUUCCUCACCAGGCUGGCAGCCGCUGGUGCCAUAACUGGACAGAGUUGUCAGUAUUCGCGUGGGGCCCUGGCCUGCUCUGACUCUUUAACUUCUUACUUGACUGAGUUUGGCCUGUCGUAAUCCUCAGUUUUCUUUUUAAAGCAGUUGCUGCAUGGUUCAAUGUUAGUAAAUCAAUAAUAGAGGAAGGGCCAAUUUUAAUCAUAAGUUUUAAUAAUACUUUUCUAAAAAAUGUGAAAUAGUCAAACAGGAGUUUCUUCUAACGCCAUUGUAAGUGGAUGGUGUUGUCAGAGCUGUUCUCAGUGAAUUAGUGAAUUUCAGGAGAACCACCUGUGAUCCUUCUGUGCGGUUUCAGUGGAAGGCACCACGUUCACCUUCCAGCCUACCUGUCUUCUUCCCCGCUCCUCCUCUUCACUUUCUUCCCUCAUCCACUAGUGUUUACUUCCCCCUCUUCCCACCAAGGAAAGAGCUUUUUGUGGAGACAGGGUUCUUGCUGUGUUGCCUGGAUUGGCCUUGAACUCCUGCACUCAAGGGAUUCUCUUACCUCCUCAGACUCUGGAGUGCAUGGGGUACAGUCAUAGCUGGCAAGAAUCAAUAACUCGCUCUUUUCUUACCUCCUGAAUGGGAAGUGUAAAUCCGAACAUUUUCUCUGAAAUGUAUUAUUAAGGACAAUGGAGAUGAUAGAUGUGAUAUAAUUAUAAAAAAUCAUAUUUCAACGAGUUUUGUUUCUGCAACUGGAACUAAUAAACAUUAAUAUUAAUAAUGAGUAUUAUUAAUAGUAAAUAAGCCGUGUACCCAUUUCCCUACUGUUGGUGCAUAUCAGAACAUGCAAUGCUGUUAGGGGAGAGCAGACCACUCAAAUUUAUUUUCAGAUUGUAGCAUUGGCAGCACUUGUGACUACAGUGAAUCAAACCUUUUACAUUGUUAAGGAGUCUUGUUUGUUUGGGAUAGGUGGAAGAAUUGGUUUAUAAAUGUACUGCGAUUUAAACAAAUACAGUAAGUGGAAUCUUUAUACAAAGAAGUUUUGUAUGUUUUCCUUAGAAUAUUCAAAUCGUAACUUGGUUUUCAUCAUAUAGUAUUUAGGAGUAUAUUGCCCAGAAUAUAAAAGAGUGACUUUUACAAUUAAAAGCCACUUGACUAUUGAGUGUAACAACAAAUAUUACCUUUUUAAAAGUCUUGAUUACCCCAUAUCUUAAAAAGAACUCAAAAGAAAAAUGUGCAGAAAGAUGAGGUGAAAUGAAGAGAGAGGAGACCUGCAACUUUUACUUGUGGCUCCCGGAAGUGAUCAGAGGAGGCUUUUGUUUUGUGGCUGGCAGAUGAGCAUUAUUAAGCAUUUUCUCUGUUGUUUUUUUAAUGUGAGAAAUUAAUUAGACUUUGUAUAUGUAAAAUGUUUUUACAUUGUGUCUUGUAUGUUUUGAAAACUUUUGUAUUUAUAACUUGCACGAUUUUUUUUGCUUUGGGAUACAUUUUAAAA